AUGUCCAUCAUCGACCGUGUGGUUCUUGUGGCCGGCGCCUCUAAGGGCAUCGGCAAGGCGAUCGCCCUUCAGGCCGGUAAAGAAGGUUCAUGUGUUAUUGUCAACUACAACUCCGAUUCGCAGGGCGCCGACCAGGUCGUUUCGGAGAUUGGGGCUAGUCGCGCGCUGGCCGUCCAGGCGGACGUCUCGAAAUCCGCAGAUAUUGACCGACUGAUCAAGGCAUCCGUCGCACGAUUCGGCAAGAUUGACGUGGUCAUCCCAAACGCGGCCUACGUGCCGUUAGCUGACGUGGAGGUGGCCACGGAAGACCAGUUUGAUAUGGCGUUCGGCGUGAAUGUCAAAGGACCAUGGUUGCUCGUGCAGAGAUCUCUCCCCUACAUGAGCAGCGGAAGUGCGGUUAUCUUCAUCUCCUCUGACUUGACCGACUUCAGUACCCAGCCGCCACAUAUGUUCCUGUACGUCUCGACCAAGGGAGCACUGAACCUGAUGGUGCGCUCAAUGGCGCAGACACUGGCAAAACGUGGAAUCCGAGUCAACGCUGUGUCGCCGGGCCCUACCGCAACCGAUUCUUUUAUCAAGUCCAACACCGAUGACAGCACCCAGAUAUUUGCGGAGCUCUGUCCGUUCAAGCGGCUUGGGAGGCCGGACGAGGUGGCGGCCGCAGUGAGCUUGCUGUGGCGCCCAGAGAGUUCGUGGAUUUCGGGACAAAUUGUGAAAGUCAAUGGGGCAGCGACCUGA